CCUAAACCCCUUUCUCAAGAUCUUCCACUCCUCUCUCCGCGACACUAGCAGAGUUUUCGGAAAAAAAAAAAGAUGAAUUUCAACAACGUCAAGGUUCCAAAGGUGCCAGGUGGUGGUGCCAUAUCUGCGUUGCUUAAGAUUGGGAUUAUCGGUGGGCUCGGUGUCUACGGUGCCACACACAGUCUCUACAAUGUCGACGGAGGACAUCGAGCCAUCAUGUUCAACCGUUUAGUCGGUAUUAAAGAUAAGGUUUACCCCGAGGGUACACACCUUAUGGUUCCUUGGUUCGAAAGGCCGGUCAUUUAUGACGUUCGUGCACGACCUUACCUUGUUGAGAGUACCUCCGGAAGCCGUGAUCUUCAGAUGGUGAAGAUUGGGCUUAGGGUUCUCACUCGUCCCAUGGCAGACCAGUUACCUGAGAUCUAUAGAACCCUUGGUGAGAACUACAGCGAGAGAGUUCUGCCUUCUAUAAUCCACGAGACUUUGAAAGCUGUGGUUGCUCAGUACAAUGCAAGCCAGCUUAUUACUCAGAGAGAGGCGGUGAGUAGGGAGAUCAGGAAGAUUCUAACUGCACGAGCAACAAACUUCAACCUUGCGCUUGACGAUGUGUCCAUCACGACCCUGACAUUUGGGAAGGAGUUCACGGCUGCCAUUGAAGCAAAGCAGGUGGCUGCUCAAGAGGCUGAGCGGGCUAAGUUCAUCGUUGAGAAGGCCGAACAAGACAAGAGAAGUGCUGUUAUCCGUGCCCAGGGAGAAGCCAAGAGUGCUCAGCUCAUAGGUCAAGCGAUCGCAAACAACCAAGCGUUUAUAACCCUCAGGAAGAUUGAGGCGGCAAGAGAGAUUGCACAGACCAUAGCACACUCGGCUAACAAGGUGUACCUAAGCUCGGACGAUCUUUUGCUUAAUCUACAGGAGAUGAAUUUGGAUGUGAAUGCAAAGAAUUAGAGAGGCUUCUUAAGUAAAACCCCCUGUGGUUUGUAUCGUCUUUUCAAUUUGGAGCAAAAGCUGAGAUCUUUGGAUUUUUAAAUACUUGUUAAGUUGUUUUUGGGAUCUCAUUAUCCCAAGGUUAUAGCCUUUGUCUAUCAGGAAAUGAAGACACUGUCUUGCUGAAUGAGUUAAUUGUAAUAAACUUGUCGUUUUGAAAA